UGCGAUCAUUUGGCUGCCAUCAGGUCCGAGGCCGCGGAACCCGCGUCUCCACCGACCCAAAGCAAAAGGCCGCAACUGCUGCCCGCCUCCCGCUCCGCGCCACAUCCGCCUUGGGGAAAGCGGCCGAAAGCACGGCGGCAGGAAGAGCGGCUUAAGCGGUCCCGGCGCUAGCGGGGCGCGUUCCUUGCUGCGGGGGGGCUUUGCUUGCUUGGCUGGAAGAAACCGGCGUCGGAGGACGGUCGGUGCAAAGGGUUCAUGGCAAGAAUGUGGACACAAGUGAUGGUGUGCAUAGUGUUAGGCAGAACAACAUCUUCUCUGCAGUGCCCUGAUGGACACACAUGUGAGGGAUUUUCUACUUGUUGCAAGCAUCUUAGAGGGGAUGGAUACACUUGCUGCAACCGACCUCAGUUCAUGGGAGCAUCACUACACAUAUUGUAUGCGGACAACUUGAAUGAGGUCAAGGGUGUUGUGUGUCCUGAUGGUACCAUGUGCCCAGUGGAAUACUCCUGUCAGCAUACUCUGGAUGCUUCCUUUGCUUGCUGCCCUUGGGAACAGGCCGUCUCUUGUGCUGAUGGACGCCAUUGCUGCCCUCUUGGCUCCCGCUGCAGUUCUGAUGGGCAGUUGUGCCUACAAAGUGAAGUCCGUGCUGUUCAGUGCCCAGAUGGAGAAUCAGAAUGCCCAAAUGAUUCCACUUGUUGUGUGAUGGCCGAUGGAUCCUGGGGUUGUUGCCCAAUGCCUGAGGCAUCCUGCUGUGCAGACAAGAUCCAUUGCUGUCCUCACGGUAUGACUUGUGACCUUGCACUUGCACGGUGCUUUGUAGCCUCUGGGGAGCAGCCUCUUUGGAAGAAGUUCCCAGCAAAGAAGCAAGCACUGGUGUUAAGUAUGGAACAGGAAGGUCUUUCUCAGAAAAAUAUCUGCCCAGGUAAUCAGUCUAGCUGUCCUGAUAUUGCUACUUGCUGCCUGCUUCCAUCUGGCCACUAUGGUUGCUGCCCCUUACAAAAUGCUGUGUGCUGCAGCGACCACCUUCACUGCUGCCCACAGGGCACCAUGUGUGACCUGACUCAUUCCAAAUGCACCAUGACACUACAUUGGUUGUGGCCCAUCACCCACCUCCCUAUGGACCUGCAAACAACUCAUGAUGUACAGUGUGAUGCAGAGCCCACAUGCCCAGAGGGAAACACUUGCUGCAAGAAAACCUCAGGCACGUGGGGGUGUUGCCCCCUGGAGAAGGCUAUCUGUUGCACAGACCACAUGCAUUGUUGCCCUGGAGGCUACACUUGUGAUCCAUCCUUGAACAUCUGCCUGAAGCCAGAACACUCCCUGCCUUGGGCACCCAAGCUUCCUGCCAGUAUGCCACAAAGUUAUGGCAUUUUUUGCAAUGACACUGCCAGUUGCGAUGAAGGGCAGACCUGCUGCAAGAGUGUGUCAGGAGAUUGGAGCUGCUGCCAGCUGCCCAAUGCUGUCUGCUGUGAGGAUCACCAGCACUGUUGUCCUUCUGGCUACACCUGCAAUGUAGCGGCCCAGACUUGUGAAAAGCAGCAGUGGCCCAGGCUCCUUGAUGCAGGACGACCACUGAUUACUUCACAUGCUGCUACCUCCAGCCGGCAUGUCUCAUGUGAUGAUCAGCACCACUGCCAUGAUGGCCAGACUUGCUGCAAAGCACACUCGGGUGGGUGGGCCUGUUGCCCCUACAACAAGGGAUCCUGCUGCCGUGACAGGCGCCACUGCUGUCCACGUGGCUUCUAUUGUUCCCAUUCUGGAUUUCAAUGCUAUACGAAGCAUUGGGACAGCAGUUCCUUCUCCCCUCGCUUUGCGCAAGCAUACCUGUUGCUUUGAUUUGCCUUCUUCAGGGGACUUGCCCCAUGCUUGGGGCUGGAGUGAGCUCUGCAGCAGAGCUACUUCUGCCAAGUUGUUCUGACCUUGAGGGCUUCCUAUUGACCUCCUUUUUCAGGCAUCACCCCUAAUAAUGAGUCAAUUUUCCUGUCCCUAUUCCUCAUAAUGUGAUCUUUAGAACCAAUGAGGUUCACUGCUGUGCCCAGUAUCAUCAAGGCUAUGACCUGGCAUUUCAAAGAAUUCACCUUUUCAUCUUCUCAUAGGCAGAUUUCUGUGGGCUUAAUAUCUUGCUUUGUCUCUGCAGUUGCUUAACCAUACACACGGGGGGUUACUUUCACACAUUUAUUAAAAAUUAAACCUUGGCCCUAGAUUGACAGCUGGUUUUGCCCCCACCAGCCACUUUGAGGAAUACCGCCCCUACUUCUUAUCCUAAAUGGUAGCUAGGCAGAGCCAACAGGACCUUAUUCCAGUUCCUGGCAUAGAUAGUUUCCCAUGGUGGCCAAAACUGUUUCCAUUCCCAAAUCAGUUCAGAGACUAGAUUGCAAAGGAUCUAGAUAAACAAUAUCAGCCAGGAACCCCUGCGGCUCAGUGGCCACCAUGGAUUACAGUACAUUCCCCCAGAAUGAAAUAUUUGAGACUGGCUGAUUUAUUUUCUUUUCAAUAGAGGAUUCCAGUUUCUCAAAUUCUCAAAUGUGCCAAUUGCUCCAAAAAAGUUAAGGACCCCCCUAGUGAGUGAUUUUUUUAAAAAAAAUCUUCCACUAACUGCACAUGAAUGAUACAUGAGCAUGACUCAUCUCAAUUUUCAAGCUAGCAAAAUGUCUCUCUAUUCUGCAUUUUCCCUUGAAAAAUGAGAGACAUCUUGGUAUCUAUGUAUAAAAAUGAGAGCUAUCUUGGUAGCUAUGUAUACUUCUAAUGUUGUGUUUCGUUGUGUGUCAUUACUUACCAUCUUGAUGCCUGUGAGUUUUGGCUUCUCACCAACAAAUUUUCCUCCUCCAGUGUUGAAAGCCUUUUUGUUAGUAUUUACUUUCUGUUAGUACUGACCUGUUACAUUGACUUUCUAUUUUUGCACAAGUCUCCAUCAUGAAGCAUAUAAUCUCUGUAUUUCCAGGGCUUAAUUUGAGGAUGUACUCACCCACUUCAGAGCCUAUUUUGUAAACACCCAGGCUUAGCCCUGGAAGAAAUUAGAUGAUGAUAAUAAAAUAGCAUUUUUAAGCACAUGCAGAAUGACCUAGGACUUCACAAGGCUGGUAAUGAGGGCAAAUAAGAAGUGUGGGCCUGCGCUACAUAUUAAAGUAGAGUAAAAAUCAUAUUUAAUGUGGGAUUGUCACUUGCCUGGGGUAAGAUUUUUCAGACAGGCAAGAUUCUUUUCUUUUCUUUCUUUUUACAAAAGCUGACCCCUUUUUUGUUGUAAGCCACCAAUCACAAAUAGAAGUAUGUACAGACAGAGGGAUUACUAUCCUCCUUGAUGGCAAGAAGUUGAGCAGCAAUGCUAAUUGUUUAUACAUUUUAAUUGUUUAAUGUAGUUUUGCUGGGAAAGGUUUAGCCCAAGAACAUAUUUGGAAUGUAAAUAAAUAAAUAAAAAGUGUUUCUGAU